AUGAAGACUCGGUACAUGGCAACGGGUGAAUCUUUUAGAUCACUAGCGUUUUCAUUUAGGAUUUCACAAAGUUAUAUUAGCCGUAUCAUUAGAUUAGUUUUAAAAAGUUUAAGUGAAAGACUAACACCUAUUUUAUUACCACCUCCGACAAAAGAAAAUCUAAAAGAAAUUGCCAUGGAUUUUUGGAUUAAAUGGAAUUUUCCAAACUGUGUUGGUGCCAUAGAUGGAAAGCACAUCAGAAUUUUUGCUCCGGGAAAAAGUGGCUCGUUGUUUUUCAACUAUAAAGACUUUUUUUCAAUUGUGCUACUUGCAAUCGUCGAUGCAAAUUGUAAAUUUAUAUUUGUGGAUGUUGGUGCAUACGGCAAAGAAGGGGACGAAGCAUUCCGUCUAGAACCUCAUAUGAUGCGUAUGUACGAAGUACGUGAUGAUUACGAAAAAACCGUAUUUAAUUACAGACUUUCUCGUGCUAGAAGAACAUCAGAAAAUAGUUUUGGACUUUUAAGUCAAGUUUUUCGAGUCUUUUAUACACCUAUAUCUCUUAAAACAGAAACUGUAGAUUAUCUUCCACCACCUUCUAGGAAUAUGAUUUCACUUUCCAGAUCAGGAGGAUACACUAAUUUUGAGGGAUUCAAUGUCAGAGAUGAAUUUAAACAGUUCUUUAAUAGUCCACAAGGAGCUGUUGAAUGGCAAAAUCACCAAGUCCGACAAACUGAUAUUAAUUGA